GGUUAGGCUAACGUGGAAUGACAUUCCAAUCCUUGCAACACAUCAACCCCUCCAAAAACACAUAGAACAGAGAAUCCUCCUUCGAAUCAUCCCACGUAUUGGAUUCGAAGCUACAUACACACAGUACUGCGAUCAUGAAGAUAUUGAAAAUGGUGUCAGCCAUGGAUUUGGUAGCAUGGAGAGGCUUCUUCUACUCUAUAUUCAUACUUCACUUCGUCUUCGCCUGCCAACUCCUUCUGCUCCAACCACUCGUUUCUGCCCUAGAUGGAAAAUCUGGUGAUACUGCUGAGUUGUUUGAGAGGGUUUCACAUAGUAUAAAAGUGAAACGUUAUAGCGAGGCAAUCAAUGAUCUUAAUGCCGCCAUAGAAGCUGAUCCGUCACUUUCAGAAGCAUACUGGCGGCGGGCUUCAGUUCUUCGUCAGUUGGGCAGAUAUGAGGAAUCUGAGAAGAGCUACAAAAAGUUUCUUGAAAUGAAACCUGGAAAUUCAGUUGUUGAGAAGGAGCUUUCUCAAUUGCAUCAAGCAUGGAGUGCUUUAGAUACAGCCAGCAAUCUCUUCGAUUCAGGCGAUUAUAUAAAAGCUUUGGAUUUCAUUGAUAAGGUGGUACUUAUUUUUUCUCCUGCAUGCUCACAGGCCAAACUACUAAAGGUGAAGUUAUUACUAGCUGCUAAGGAUUAUGCAGGGGUCAUAUCAGAGGCAGGAUAUAUACUUAAAGAGGAUGAGGAUAAUCUAGAGGCAUUACUGCUCCGUGGUCGUGCCUAUUAUUAUUUAGCUGAUCAUGAUGUUGCUACAAGACAUUACCAGAAAGGGCUCCGCCUUGAUCCAGAGCACAGUGAAUUGAAGAAAGCAUAUUUUGGGUUGAAGAAUCUACUAAAAAAGACAAAAAAUGCAGAAGAAAAUGAAAAGAAGGGCAAGCUGCGUGUUGCUGUGGAGGACUACAAGGCAGCCCUUGCUUUAGACCCUGAUCAUUUGGCUCACAAUGUGCAUCUCCAUUUUGGGUUGUGUAAGCUUUUGGUUAAGCUUGGUAGAGGAAAGGAUGCCCUCAAUGCUUGCACACAAGUUCUCACCAUUGAUGAAGAGAAUGUUGAAGCUUUGGUUCAGAGAGGUGAAGCCAAGUUAUUGACAGAAGAUUGGGAAGGAGCUGUUGCAGAUAUGAAGUCGGCUGCAGAAAAAUCUCCACAGGACAUGAGCAUUCGGGAAGCCGUUAUGAAGGCUGAGAAAGCUUUGAAAUUAAGCCAACGGAAGGAUUGGUACAAGAUUUUGGGUGUUUCAAAGACUGCAUCCAUAUCAGAGAUCAAACGAGCUUAUAAAAAACUAGCCUUGCAAUGGCACCCGGAUAAGAACGUCGACAAUAGAGAAGAAGCAGAGAACAAAUUUCGAGAAAUAGCUGCUGCAUAUGAGAUCCUUGGCGACGAUGACAAGCGUAUAAAAUACGAUAACGGGGAAGACAUCGAGGAGGGCAUGAAUAUGGGUGGUGGUGGUGGGUUUAACCCUUUCGGUGCAGGUGGUUUUGGUGGCGGUGGUGGUUACACAUUUCAUUUUGAAGGAGGCUUUCCUGGUGGUGGAUUCGGCGGUUUCCACAUGUAACUUAUGGGUUUUGUACUUUCUUGGUCGCUUCCCAUCAACAGGCCAUCGAUACAACUAACUUACCCCGGGUUAAUAGCAGAAGAAUGUCGUAGGAAAUUGAUAUUUCGGUUAUGAUGAUUCCUUGUUUCUUUUGUUAAAAUAUGCAAUCAACGACCACAGACAUGUUGAGUUUGUUAGGU